AUGCAAGCUUAUUCCAAUAAUUUAACGUGAGUUUCAGUAAGGGCGGUCGAUUUUUUUUAUGGUUAAAAUGAAAUUUGAUUUUUUUUUGCUGUGUGUUGUUGAUCCAAAAAAGUUUCGGGUUACGAUUUUGCGAAUGGUUGUGUAUUGGCGGGGUGUAAUUGUAUACGACGCGGUGUCGCGUUGCCGAAGGAUAGUUUUACUUUUUUGCGUCUUCAUCUUAUUCUUAUAUUUCGAGACAGAAUGGCGCAGCCACAAAAGUUUUAGCUUUGAAAUUUCAUUUUGUUAGACUUGUUGGGAGAUUUUUUAUAUGUUACUUGAAAUUGAAAAAAUAAUCUCGGUUUUUGUAGAGCAACAACUUCAUAUUCGGAGCAAGAAGUGAUUUGUAUUUGUGAAUCGUUGUUCAAUGAAGGCUUACAAACUGGAAGAACUGAUCAAUUGGUGAGUUUAUCGGGGUGGAACAAUUUAAAAUUAUAGACAUGUGUUAGAAGUUUCUAUAAACUUCAGAGAAUAUGGAUGUUAGCAAACUUUAGAAAAUUUUCUGAUAAACGUUGGGAGCAAGGUUUUAUGGACUGGGCUGAUCCAUGUAAAAUAAUUUUCCAAUAUAGACAGUGUGUAAAUCAGAUCACACUAAUCAAAAAUUUCUUGAUUCUUUGAAACUGAUCCACAAAAAUAUGAAAAUGUCUAGAAAUCUAUAACCCAUAAUUUCUAAUUUUUAUGACCUCAUGUUGUUUUUUUUGCAAUUUCUCUUUUGUUAGGUUCAGAGAUUUUUUCAACGUUCAAAUGUCACUCAAAUUCUCCAAAAAAAUUCCUGCAUUUUUUUCAAAGUUUUACUCAAAUUAUCCUAACUCUUCUCAUAAAUCACCGUCACCUUUUGUCUAAAGAUAAUCUAAACAUUUCUGCUUCAACUCUAUUCCAAACUUUUUGUUCUGUUCUGAUUGCACAAUUUGUGUAUAAAAACCUCAAAUAAUCGAAUAAAUCGAACGCAGGUGUCAUGUGUCACUUAUCAACAAUUUUGAUGAACAUUUGACAGAUGAUGCGGUGAGGGACGACUUUUUGUGCCUCACUUCUUGUGUCACAAGAACAGAAAAAAAAUUUCAUGGAGUUCACCAGAAAUUCCAAUUUUCAUCCAGGAAGCUAGGAAUACGGUAGAUACAUUUUCUAGAAAUGCAAGCAAAACAAACAAAAGUCCAUUAUGGGCAGAUGUGUGCUCUUUGACUAUUUCGGCAAAAUUAAGGGACCAACACACAUUUUUUCCAGGCAAAUUUCAUCUUCACUCUGCCGCCAUGUUAUCAACAAUCCGAAUCAGCUCUCAAAGCUCAAGCCUUAGUUUUUUAUUCAAAUCAGAAUUGGAAAAGUUUAUAUAGGCUACUUGAAUGUCACAAAUUCUCACCACACAAUCAUCAAGUUUUACAAAAUCUUUGGCUAGAUGCACAUUAUAAAGAGGUAAGAGCUCAUAGUGAAGAAUUUUAUUGUUAAAUGAAUUCGUUUUAUAGGCAGAAAAAACAAAAGAGCGUGAACUUGGAGCGGUUUGUAAAUAUCGAAUUCGAAAGAAGAAUCCAUUUCCACCAACAAUUUGGGAUGGAGAAGAAACGAAUUAUUGUUUCAAAUCGAAAUCGAGAAAUGUUUUACGAGAUGCUUAUAAAAAAUGUCAAUAUCCAUCAGUGGAAGAGAAGCGAAGAUUAGCUGCGCAGACUGAAUUAUCAAUUAUACAGGUUGGUUAAACGCUUUGAAUGAGAAAUUCUAAAUAAAUAUCAACAUUUUUUCUGAUAAAAUGCUGAUUUUUUCACAAUCAAAAGCAUCAUUGGUUCAAUUUUUUUGGUUCAAAGAAGAAAAAGAAAAAUUAUUAAAAUUCAGAAAAUGGUUUUGGAUUAAAACAGAUUCAGGUUUGAAAAAAUUUACGAGGCUACGGCCAGAAAUUAGGCCCGAAAUAUAGUUCUGGCCAAAAAUUAGGACCGAACAACCAGAUGUUUUUCUUCAAACCCAGAAUUAUAAUCUAAAUUUCCAAAUCAGGCCUGAAAAAUUCAUGAACCAAAAAUAAAAAUUUGAAAUUGAAAACUGUGGCUUUUGGAAUUUUCAACAUUCAUUUCAAGAAUUCAGUAUUUCAGCAGAUUUGCCAGUUCUUAAUUUUUAUAAGAUCUAAAAAUCAAACCUUCCUGAUUAUAUUACUGUACAUAUAUCUAAUUUCCAGGUGUCAAAUUGGUUCAAGAAUAAGCGACAGCGUGAAAGAGCAGCCGGCACACUUGACAGGUAUGUUUCAUUUUUCAAUAUAUAUUUUUGGUCCUCUCCAUUCCCUCCAAACUACAGUACCCAUUUAUCUGUCUUUCUGUUUACCAGUGUAAGAAUUCAUUCUGUGUGUGCUGAAAUUGCGUAAUCGGACAUAUUAGUGGGGGGUACUUGGCUGCAAAGUACCCCUACCAGAACUUUUUCUCUGACUUUUCUCGGAUUGUGUAAUAAAUCAGCCAACAAAUAUUGAAGUGGGUGAUUUGUUGUGAUUCGAUGAGAUUAAUAAGUUUCCGGGGAAAAAUAUAGGACUUUUUAGAACUUGUAAGAAUAGGCUAGAACUCUAGAAUUCAAAAAAAUAAGUGUGAAGAGGUGUUGGAAUAAAAGUAGAUGGGGUCAUGUUUGUUGACAGUAUCCUGUGGAUACGAAAUAUAGAAGAUGUAAAUGGGUGGACACAACAAUACGCUUUGUUCUACUUCGAGAGCUUCUCAAAUAGGCCGCGCGUAAACAACGCAAGUCGUAUUGCUUACAUGACAAAAAAGGCUAACAUAAUGAAAGUUUGGGGUACUGUAGAGUGGUUGCGGGGGAGUGAGAGAGGUCUAAAGAUCAGCAACGUUUUUAAGAAACAAACUUUAGAGAGCUUUUUUGAUUUUUUCCGAGAAAAAAACUUGUAAGAUUGAUCAUGAAAACUUAAUUUUUUUAGAAGUUCUGCUCGCUCAAAUGACAGCGACGAUGGUUCGUCAGGUUGCGAAUCAACAAUCAACAAACAAUCAAUGAAUUUGGACAGUCCAUGUGCUCCGCCACCAUUAGCAACCACAUUUGAUAUAUCUCCAUAUGCCGCUUAUCCAGCUCCAGCAUAUUUUGCACCAGCCUGCGAUUUUUCCUAUAUUCAGAAUUUGUGA